ACCCGCCUGGCCUGGCUCGCCGACCCCGACGCCCAGAGCAACUUUGACUUUGAUGGCAAAAGCAACGAGUUCUUCUUCGACCGUCACCCCGGGAUCUUCUCCUACGUCCUCAACUACUACCGCACGGGCAAGCUACACUGCCCCGCGGACAUCUGCGGACCCCUCUUCGAGGAGGAGCUGACCUACUGGGGCAUCGACGAGACCGAUGUGGAGCCCUGCUGCUGGAUGACCUACCGCCAGCAUCGCGACGCCGAAGAGGCCCUGGACAUCUUCGAGAGUCCUGAGCCCGGUGGAGGGGCGGGUGGAGAGGAGCCCGAAGAGGAAGGGGGUAGGGAGAUGGCCCUUCAACGGCUGGGUAUGGAUGACAGGCCGGCAGGGGCAGCGGGGGCUGCCGGAGGGGGUGGCUGCUGUCGGAAUUGGCAGCCCAAGAUGUGGGCGCUCUUUGAGGAUCCCUACUCGUCCAAGGCGGCAAGGGUCGUGGCUUUCGCCUCGCUCUUCUUCAUCCUGGUCUCCAUCACCACCUUCUGCCUGGAGACGCACGAGGCCUUCAACAUCGACGUCAACGUGACGGAGACCCUCGUGGUUGGCAACACCACGACGAUCCUGCUGACGCAUAAAGUGGAGACGGAGCCCAUCCUCACCUACAUCGAAGGGGUCUGCGUCCUGUGGUUCACCCUCGAGUUCCUGGUUCGCAUAAUCUGCUGUCCAGAUAAGCUUCUCUUUGUUAAAAACCUGCUCAACAUCAUUGACUUUGUGGCCAUCUUGCCCUUCUACCUGGAGGUAGGUCUCAGUGGCCUGUCCUCCAAAGCUGCCCGGGACGUAUUAGGCUUCCUACGGGUGGUCCGUUUCGUCCGGAUCCUCCGGAUCUUCAAGCUGACGCGGCAUUUUGUGGGUCUCCGGGUGCUGGGCCACACGCUCCGGGCCAGCACCAACGAAUUCCUGCUCCUCAUCAUCUUCCUCGCCUUGGGGGUCUUGAUUUUCGCCACUAUGAUCUACUAUGCCGAGCGGAUCGGAGCCAAGACAUCCGACCCCCGUGGGAGCGACCACACUCACUUUAAGAACAUCCCCAUCGGGUUCUGGUGGGCCGUGGUCACGAUGACCACCCUGGGCUACGGCGACAUGUACCCCAAAACCUGGUCGGGCAUGGUGGUGGGGGCUCUCUGUGCGUUGGCGGGGGUGCUCACCAUCGCCAUGCCCGUGCCUGUCAUCGUCAAUAACUUUGGGAUGUACUAUUCGUUGGCCAUGGCCAAGCAGAAGCUGCCAAAGAAGAAGAAAAAGCAUAUACCCCGUCCAGCCCCGCUGGACUCCCCUACCUAUGGCAAAUCCGAGGAAAACUCCCCCCGAAACAGCACCCAGAGCGACACUUGCCCGUUGGCAGUAGAGGAGGGGGCAGCUGAGUGGAAACGGUCAGACUCUAAGCAGAAUGGCGAGGCCAAUGUGGUGCUGUCGGACGAGGAGCAGCCGCUGUCGCUGACCGACGAGGAGAAGCGGCCCAUGCGGCGCUCCAGCACCCGGGAUAAGAACAAGAAAUCCUCCACGUGCUUCCUGCUGGCCACGGGCGACUUCUCCUGCACGGCGGAUGGAGGCAUCCAGAAAG